AUGGCGAGCAGCAUUGGUGAGCUGGCCAUCGUGGCGCACAAGUUCAUCACAGCUCCUCAGGCAAACCCUCAGACCUUCUGCAACGUGAUCAAGUUGGGCACCUUCGUGCGAACCGUUGUGUGGCCCUGCCUGCCGCCAUUGAUGAUGUACCAGUACAUUCGGGGCAAGGACGAAGACAUGUAUGCCAUUGAGGUCCUGUAUCACAAGUCCGGCUCUUCUGAGCCCAAGGCCUUCUGGGAUGCUUCCCGGCUGAAGGGAUCGGGCCACUGGCGCAUGAUGCAGGACUUGGAGACGAUCCGAGCGGCGGCCAACGCUGAGUGCAACGUGAUCAAGUUGGGCACCUUCGUGCGAACCGUUGUGUGGCCCUGCCUGCCGCCAUUGAUGAUGUACCAGUACAUUCGGGGCAAGGACGAAGACAUGUAUGCCAUUGAGGUCCUGUAUCACAAGUCCGGCUCUUCUGAGCCCAAGGCCUUCUGGGAUGCUUCCCGGCUGAAGGGAUCGGGCCACUGGCGCAUGAUGCAGGACUUGGAGACGAUCCGAGCGGCGGCCAACGCUGAGUGA